GGGAACUCACCAGCACCAAUCAGGAAUCUGUUGAAGUGUUCGGCAACUAGCCAGCAUGCUGGAGGGCCGCCAAAGCCUGUAGCGAAGCCCUUCUUGCCGUCGGUCGACUCAAUCUCCACACAGAAAGAUCCAAGGACAUUGAUGCCAAAGUCCGUUCUCGACUUGCGGUACUUGUCGUAUCCAGACAUGGGAGUCGCAAUUUUGGAGUCGAUCAGCCAGUGACCGCCCUUGACAUUGUGGUAGUCACCGCCAGAACCAACGCCCUGGAUGACGAAGGUCUUGACGGCCUUUAUGGUAGGAAACGUGUUGACAGAGGCCAUUGUGGAUGUGUACAGCUAACAAACUCGAGAAAAUGACAGCAGGGAGGAACAGGAGAGGAGAAAGGUACAAUCCAAGACUUAGCCUGAGGUCUUUGGGGGGAAUACCGACGGUUAUAUGCCGACCGCGGCAGAGCACACUUCCCUCCGCACGUCGUCUGGUCACCGUCUCAUACGAAUGGUGGCACUACCGGUGCAAACAUGUCGCGGCAUCGGCUUUGCCAGACAAUGAUGUCCCGUGGGAGGGAACAAGCUCGCGGAUGAAUAGUGAGCGGUGCCAAGCCAGACCACGAAAGCGGGGCUGCUCCACCACAGACAAAAGGCUUCUCGGUCGCCAUCCCUCCGAAGCCUCUGCUUCUCUGAUCAUGGCGGCGCAAAUCACCCCGAACAACGAGGGCUUGUCACCCUCGUCUCCCAAACUCGCCCAACUGCAGUCACGACUUUCCACCGAUGAGACGGCCGAAGACAGGGAAAACGGCCAUGACGAAGGCUGGAGUGAUGAUGAGGGCGAAGAGGAGGGCCCGAAAAGAAAAAGACCGAGGCCAUUGAGUGCGUUCUAAUCUGUAAACCUAGCACCACUCUUCAUCCUAUCUCCACUGCUUCUCGCUCACCCGCUCCUGUCAUGUGUUUCAUGCGAGCUUUGCAAGAUACGCAAAGUCCGAUGUGACCGUGGCAAGCCAUCAUGCGGCUGGUUAGUACUCCGUUUUAUCAUCUCGGCUUGACGUGCUAAA